AUGAGCACAACCCGAACAAUUACCAAGCAAGAACUUGAAGAACAUAACGAAGAUAACACUAAAGCACAAUGGAUUGCUGUGGACGGGAAAGUGUACGACAUUACCGAUUAUAAACACGAACACCCUGGUGGUGAAGAUAUCUUAUUGGAACAUGCCGGAGCUGAUGCUACUGAAGCUUUCGAAAAUGUUGGGCACUCAAAAGAUGCCAGAAAUAGAUUAAAGUCAUUGUUGGUGGGAGAAUUGGCAGGAUACAAAUCAUCAAGCACUGAUGAAGAGGCAACCUCUUCAUCAUCAGGAAAGGAAGCAGCUUCCUCGGAUUCUUCCAUGGUGAAGAUUUUGUUGGCUGUUGGUGUUGUUGUUGUUCUUGGAGGGAUUUACUUUACUAAAAUUGCUCAAUAA